AAAACCUCUUCUCCCCGGGGGAACUCAACCAGUCUGUUGUCUGACUUUUUUUCCAGAAGGUGCCAUGGGGCUUCCUGUAUUGUUCAACUGCAUUCUGACGGUGCUUCUUGCAGCAGGUCCUUCUAUGUCUGCACAGACUGUGAGAGGAGUAGUAGGUCAAUCUGCCACUUUGCCCUGCAUGUAUUCAGUGCAUCAGGGUGUCACAUCUAUGUGCUGGGGUCGAGGAUGGUGUCCUCUGAAUGGGUGCUCAAACGAAAUCAUCUGGACAGAUGGACACAAGAUGACCUUUCAGCAUUCUGGCCGAUACUACUUAAAGGAGGACCUUUCUCAAGGGAUUGUGUCUUUGACAAUAGAGAACCUGACAGAGGCAGAUGCUGGGACAUAUUGCUGCCGGGUGGAAAUUUCUGGUUGGUUUAAUGACCAAAAAGUCACAGUGAAUCUGAAGGUUGAGCAAGUUUCUUCCACCCCUGUUUUGGACAUAGUGACAACAACCAGACCCUCAGAAACACCAGAUGGAAAAAACUGGACACAACCUAAUACCCCAAUUGGUAAUGAUUUCUCCCCUCAUGUUAUUCACAUAAAACAAGAUAAACCAUGG